CUGGACUGCUGCCUGAUGGAGGAGGACUGGCAGAGAGGACAGACCUACUCGGCUCAUUGGCACAGUCUCGGUGUGUCUCGGGUGCAAAGGCCCACAGUGACCGAAGCAGAGCGCUCGGAGAAAUACUGGGAAGCCAGGCGACUCCUGCAGCGUUUCCUCUCGGGGGCCAUCAGUCACAGGCUGCCACCAGAGACCGUAAGGGGGCCCUUCAAAAAGAUUGAGCAUGGAAGCUCACUGCACAUCCAGGAAGGAGGGUUCGACUGCAAAACUCCAAAGAGCUUCGUGUUAGAAACUAAGACGACCAUGAAGAUGACAUUACCGAGGUUCCUGGGAUGAAGUAUUUGCUGAUUAUCAAUGGAUAUAAAUGCUUUAGCAAAUGUAGGGUUUUUUUUUUAAUAAACCACAAAGCAGAGGUGACCGGGUUGUCCCGUUUGUUUUCAUUCAGAUAUAUGAAUAGUUUUGAGUUAUUUCAUCACAGAACUGGCAAAUGCUCUCAAAAGUGAUGCCAGGGAGAUGAUCACAUAACCUAAUUUUAAAACUGACAUGUGGCAAAAUUCCACAUUCCAAAUACUGAGACUGCGACACUGUGUGUGUGUGUGUGUGUGUGUCCAUCUGCCAGGGAUGAACGAGGUGUCAAGGGACCCCUGGGGAAAGCAGUUUGAAGAGAACGUGGCAAUUUUCCACAGCAGUUCAGCUGCUGCUUACACUGAGAAUAGGUGUUAAAUUAAUCGAAUCAGCGGCUCAAACUGUGUUUUGUCAGCUGUCCUUGGUUGCUUGCGCUGUUCAAAGUCUAACAUGGGCCUAUAACCCCCGCAAUAAAUAGGACUCCAACCUACCAAUUGUGAAUAUUGGUUGGCUAUGACUCUGCAGAAUGCAUCCAAACAACACAAAUGACGCAUGUGUGCCUUGUUUUUAUGUAUGCUGAAUAUUUUGAAGUACAUUUGGGAUCGCGGUAGUUCCGUCCGUCAGGGACUGGGGACUUGAAGUGCCAGACCUAAUGGACCAAAAUAUGAAUGCUCAACUCUCCUGUUAAGAUACAAAAAGAUUCAUUUUCCAAAGUUUAGAAUCCAAUAACCACUAGAAUACAGAAAUGUAUGCCCCACAUAUACAGCGAUAUCUCGAAGAAAGAGGCAAAGCCGUGAUCUGCUCGUGGGCAGGCAAAGGCAAACCUGGACCGAUCGUGAAGAUAGAGGCCUGCUGAAGGGUGGUUGCAAGACCUGAAAGCAAUGAUGCAUCCAUUAGUGUUGCUGAAAGCCCCCUAAUCUGAUGGCAUCAGUGCUUGAGGGCAGAGAAAGAAAGCACAAACGCACCCUAUCAGGAUUCAACACGACCGUCCCCAAAAUUACGACCGAGGUACACCCACACAAAACGGCUAUAUAAGGAGGCUCCAAAGGGGUAAACGGUGCACCUGGAAGCUCACAAGUGAACCGACUUGUAUCCGCAGCGGAAGAAUGGAGCAAACGGGGACAGAAAAUGGAGUGGCAGCCAUGGCAGCCUGUUACCAGCGUUUUGACCCGGCGGCAUAUCUACAAUACAACUACACGCCACCGCGGGCCGACUUUGAUCGGAAAGACAGCAUUGUGCCGUGGAAACUGGCGUGUCUGCAUAGAGCCUUCACUGAAGGUGACAUGAGCGGCGAGCUGCUGGUGGACAUCGGCUCGGGACCCACCCUGUACCAAGUCCUGAGCGGUUGCGAGGUGUUCAACGAGGUGGUUCUUACUGACUUCCUGGAGGCCAACCGAAAGGAGCUGAGGCGCUGGCUGCAGGGCGACGAGACCUGCAGCCUGGACUGGACGCCUUAUCUGCAGCACGUCUGCAAGCUGGAGGGGCGACGUGCCUCGGCAUGGACAGAGAAGGCGGCCAAGCUCCGUCAGGCGAUCACCGACAUCCUCCCCAUCGAUGUGCAUCGUCCCCAGCCUCUGGACCCUAGCGUCCUCCCCCCGGCAGGGGCCGACUGCCUGGUGUCCUGCUUCUGCCUGGAGAGUGUCAGCCCUGACCUGGCCGCCUUCACCAGGGCCCUGGGCCACAUCGGGAAGUUGCUCCGGCCCGGCGGCCACCUCCUGCUCAUCGGAGCCCUGGGGGAGAGCUUCUACUUCGGGGGGCCCGGGGUGAAGAUCCCCGUAGUGCCACUAGGCGAGGCGGAGGUGUGCACCAGUUUGAAGGAGACCGGCUACACCCUGAUCCGGCUGGAAGUUUACACGCUGCCUCAAGACAUGAGAGUCGGGGUGGAUGAUGUGACUGGGGUGUUUUUUGCAAAAGCGAAGAAGGAUUGAAAGAUGGUGAUAGUGUCCAAAAACUGCUGUUCAACUGCAUUCUAUGUGCCUUUGCUGAAUUGAGUUAUAUUUUCAGAUGGACAAGAGGCUCUCCUUUUGUUAUGUGGUUACACAUCACCCCCUGCAGUCCCGAAAGAGCUACUACAGGAAAACCAAAGUUAGCCAAGUCUUUCUCCACUUAUUCGACUUUUAAAAUUGUCCAUAAUAUAAUGAUAACAUAUUUUAUUUUGUGCAUGUAUUAAAUAUUUAUGGGAAAAUAUAUAAAACCAGAUUACUGGUACAAAACUAUCAUUCAUGUAUUUAAAAAUGAACUUAGAUAUUCAAUACGAAAUAUUGAACAUCGGUACUAUUUUACAUCUUGUAUUUCAGUUUUAUUUUCAUGAAAAAUCAAUUGGUCUUUAUACUAUGCAUAUGUAUGCACCCCCUGCAUCUAUGUAUAGUGAAGUGACGUCAUUCCUUUU